AUUAACCGCGUUGACUAUUAUCAAACUCACGAGAUUUCUUGGCUAUCUCUUCACUUGGCCUUAGAUUUUGUUUUUUAAAUUUUCUUUUAGUCAAUUUUAAUCGAUUUUCUAUUUAACUCUUGCUCUCACUACUCACUGCUCAGUCUAAGCACUUUUCAACUGAUCAUUUCAAUUUUUUUUAAGAUUCAGAUUAACGUUUCUAAGCAGAAUCCAUUCACAGGUUUAAGAGGUUCUAGUGAAGAUGUUAGAAAAUAAGAUGGAAGUAGUUAAUGUUGAUGAAGUGAUAGAGAAAUUUGAAGCAAUAACUAAGGAUGUCGAAAAGGUACAAAACGAGACGCUUAAGAAGAUUCUUGAAGAAAAUGGAUCAGCAGAGUAUUUACAAAGUUUGGGUCUUAAUGGAAGAACUGAUCCUGAGAGUUUCAAGAAUUGUAUUCCUCUGUGUACUCACCAGAAUUUGGAACCUUUUAUUCAAAGAAUCGCGGAUGGUGAUACUUCGCCUAUUCUCACCGGAAAGCCCAUCACCACUAUAUCUUUGAGUUCUGGUACGACUCAAGGGAAGCCCAAGUUUAUACCUUUCACCGAUCAGUUGUUGGAUAACACUCUGCAGAUUUUUAGAACUUCUUUUGCCUUCCGAAAUAGAGAAUUCCCUCUUGGAAAUGGCAAAGCCCUAGAGUUCAUUUUCAGUAGCAAGCAGGGGAAAACAAAGGGGGGCUUGGCUGUUGGUACUGCCACAACGAAUCUAUAUCGCAAUCCUUACUAUAAAUAUGCGUUGGAGGAAUUGCAGUUCAAAUGUUGCAGUCCUACUGAAGUAAUAUUUGGAUCUGACUUCCACCAAUCAUUAUAUUGCCAUCUCUUGUGCGGGUUAAUCUUUCGCGAAGAUAUUCAAUUUUUGUUCUCUUCGUUUGCUCAUAGCAUUGUUCUUGCGUUUCGAACCUUUGAACAAGUCUGGGAAGAACUGUGUAAUGACUUGCAGAGUGGAGUACUCAGCAGCCGAGUCACUUCCCCUUCCAUCAGAGCAGCAAUGUCUCAACUUCUUAAGCCAAAUGCUCAGUUGGCUGAUUUACUCCGUAACAAAUGUUCAGGAUUGAGUAACUGGUAUGGAUUGAUACCAGAACUUUUUCCUAAUGCCAAGUAUGUCUACGGUAUAAUGACCGGGUCAAUGGAGCCUUAUUUGAAAAAACUGAGGCACUACGCGGGGGAGCUACCUUUGUUGAGUGCUGAUUAUGGUGCAUCAGAAGGGUGGAUUGGAGCAAACGUCAAUCCGCUGUUGCCUCCUGAGUUGGCUACUUUUGCUGUGGUACCUGACAUUGGAUAUUUCGAAUUCAUUCCUCUUAGGGACAAUGGUGAGUGCAUCUAUACAGAGCCCAAGCCAGUGGGUCUAGCUGAUGUCAAGAUUGGAGAAGAGUAUGAGAUCAUUGUUACCAAUUAUGCAGGUUUGUACAGAUACAGACUAGGAGAUAUUGUGAAGGUUAUGGGGUUUCAUAACAAAACCCCAGAAUUGAAAUUUGUGUGCAGAAGAAGCUUACUGCUAACUGUAAACAUUGAUAAGAACACAGAGAAAGAUUUACAGUUGGCUGUGGAAGAAGCAGUGAAGCCUCUAGCUGAAGAGAAACUAGAACUUGUUGAUUUCAGCAGUUUAGUGGACCGUAGUAGUGAGCCGGGUCAUUACGUAAUCUUCUGGGAAAUUAGCGGGGAACCAACAGGGGAGGCCUUGCAAGAGUGCUGCAAUUGCUUGGAUAAAUCUUUUAUCGAUGCAGGCUACGUUAGUUCGCGCAAGAUCCGCAGCAUUGGACCCCUUGAACUUCGAGUGGUUGAUGGAGGAACCUUUCAGAAAAUAUUAGAUCAUUUUCUGGGGCUAGGUGCUGCUGUUAGCCAGUUUAAAACUCCUCGAUGUAUCGGUCCGUCAAACAAAAUGGUGCUGCAAAUCUUGAAUGAUAAUGUUGUCAAGUCCUACUUCAGCACUGCAUAUUGAGUAAAAAAGUAAUAAUGUUUUUUUUUUUGCCAAAUAAAAAGUAAUAAUGUGAGAACUGUGUUAUAUGAUGUUUUUUAAUAAUAGUGCAGUCUACUUAGCAGCCAGUUACAACUAUGCUACAUAGCUACUACAUCUAGAGCCCAGCUCUCAAAGUUGGGAUAUACCUGAAGAAACGACAGGUCGGUAAUUCGAUUAUCGACGUCGUAGACUGUAGUUACGACGUAGUACUGCAAUGAAGGUAAAAACAGACUGCGAACAUUUCUUAACGUUAGAUGGACAAAUAGUAUGUUUCAACAACUAGCAGUCAAGAAAAGGCUCUUUAUAAAUACUGGAUUUUUUUCUAGACCGGAUCACAUAAAUUGUUAGGGUGCUGAAAGUAUAUUUUCUAUCUAGACAGGAUCAUUUUCUGUAUUGUUAGGGUGCUGAAAGUACAUUUUGUACACUGUAAGGGUAAAAAGAAGUGAAUGCUCAAAUAAAAAUACGUCAAAUUUAGAA